GACUCCUCUCAGCUGAUCACAGCUGAUUCGUGUCACGUCACUAAAUUAUGUAAUUAAUUAACAAAUAUUGGUAAAUAACGGAUAAUAUAUUAUAUAAUAUAAUAUAUUAAUAUAUAUAAAAAUUUCAUUGUGACAACAUACAUUUGCAUAGAAUGUCUGCGAUAAAUAUAAAAACGCUUAGUCGUGAAAACGUCCUGAAAUUUUUGAAAUCGUUCGACACCGUGUUGACUGAUUGUGAUGGAGUGCUAUGGCUACACAUGACACCUCUGCCGAACUCGUCGAAUGUGAUGAAUCUGUUUCGCAAGUUCGGCAAACAGGUCUUUUACGUGACCAACAACAGUACGAAGACUCGUGACGAUCUGGUGGAGAAAUGCAGGGCUCUGAAAUUCCAGGCGAAUAAGGACGAUAUCUUAUGCACUGCUAAUCUGUCAGCUUGUUAUCUUCAAAGCCUAUCUUGCAAGAAGACCUAUGUUAUAGGUUCUGAAGCAAUCGCAAGAGAAUUGGAGCAAGUCGGUAUCUCAUCUUUUGGAAUAGGGCCGGAUGUAAUUAAUCCGAAUACCCCUUAUUCUACUUUUGAAAAAGAUCCAGAAGUAACUGCGGUUAUAGUUGGUUUGGACGAGCAUUUCAGUUAUCCUAAAAUGGUAAAAGCAGCCACCUAUUUAAAUGACACUAAUGUACAUUUUAUUGGCACUAAUACGGAUGAAAGAUUUCCAGAUUUCUCAAAAGAUGUUGUUAUACCUGGUACAGGAAGUCUAGUCAGAUGCAUAGAAAGCUGCGCAGAGAGAAAAGCGGUAAUUAUGGGCAAACCGGACAAUUACAUGGCUACGAUGUUGAUGGAAAGAUCUAAUAUUGAUCCCCAGCGCACUUUGAUGAUUGGAGAUCGUUGUAACACUGAUAUACUUUUUGGAACUCGUUGCGGUUUUAUAACGCUAUUAGUUCUGACAGGAGUGACUGCCUUGUCGGACGUUGAAAAAUGGAAGCAAUCCGAACAACAAGAAGAACGGGAUCUUGUACCUAAUUAUUAUAUAGAUGCGCUCGGCGAUUUAUUACCAUACUUAAAAGAAUUAGAAUCUGAAAUACCUUAAUUUUGGGAAAUUUAGUCACAAGAAAAAGAAAGUAUGUACACCAAAAUGUAUUUAUAGAUCAAAGAUCCAAUGAUAAUAUAAUUUUUUAGCAAGAGUGCGCUUGGACGUACACAACAAACUGUACACAUAAAUGUAUGUGUAUACAAAAUUAUCCACUAAUGUGGCAAAACAUUCUCAAAGUAUUUCUAUCAAUUGUAUCUAAGUUAUUU